AUGAAUAAUCAAAACGUUGCUAUGUUUCUUGCGGGGGAAGUAAUCUCUGCCAUAGAGAAAGACACGAACUUCGUCUUUUUUCUUGCAUCAAUCAACGUCGUUCUCACCAUGCUCGCUGCUAAAGACGAAGCACUAAGACUGCUCAACGCUUACAUGGUUCUCGCGGACGGCAGCGCGAGCGGUGGCCCUAAGAUCUGCCAUUAA